AUGACACGCCCUGUCUACGCAAAGAAUGACAAGAUGCAAUGUAUAGUUCACGUGGACGGAUCCGCCACUCAAAAUGGGUGUGGGGAAGGCAUCAUCUUUGUAUCACCGGAAGGAGACAUAUAUGAGUAUGCCAUGCAUUUUAAGUUCCAAGCAUCAAAUAACGAGGCUGAAUACAAAGCACUGAUAUGUGGGAUCCAAAUGAGCAAGGCGACUGGAGCAGAGGAAAUUUUAGCCUUUUCAGAUUCCCAGCUAAUUGGCAGCCAAGUGAAUGGUGAAUACGAGGCAAAAGACGCCACCAUGAUCAAAUAUCUGGAGAUCGUCAAUCAAGAGAUGCAGCCACUAAAGAACUUUGAGGUACGGCGAAUACCCCGGGCUGAGAACAACAAAGCAAAUGCCUUGUCCAAACUAGCCAGCUCAGCAUCUUGGUGA